CUCUGGGCGCGGCGGGUAAACGCUGGACUUGGCUGGGGCGGGGAGGGAGGGGCCGCGAGCCGCAGAGCCUCUGGCUUCCGCCCCGCCCCAGGUUCUUGGGAACUCCGCGGGUCCCGGCCUAGGUGAGUGAGGGACCCCAGACGGAUUCAGGACCAAGAGUUCAUUGAGAUGUCCAGAAAUGAUUGCAAAGGACGCAAAGCAGGAGGAUGACUUAGUUGGGUCAUGGGUGACCUGUGCCCAUUCCGAGCUCCCUGCCUUCCCCCUGGAACUAACCAGAGCCUUGUCAGUGACCCACCUCCACAGCCACUCAGGGGCCCAUAAGACAGAGGACGCUGGAGUUGGGGGACUCUUUAGACAAAGGCCAGACAUGGCUCAGCUGACAAACAGGAAGUGCACGGGCAUCUAGGAGACACACCUGGCGUUCAGAUGAGGAAGACUGAGGCCCACUGGAAGCACAGAGCACAGCCCUUGCACCCUCUGCCCCCAAGUGCUCCAUGCAGGUGCCACAGGAUGGAGAGGACAUUGCUGCCCAACCCUGGUACCACGGACCCCUGUCCCGCCAGAAGGCUGAGGCCCUUCUCCAGCAAGAUGGUGACUUCUUAGUUCGUGCAUCUGGGUCCCGUGGGGGCCACCCCGUGAUCUCCUGCCGCUGGCGGGGCUCAGCCCUACACUUCGAAGUGCUCCGUGUGGCCCUGCGUCCCCGGCCAGGCCGGCCCACAGCCCUCUUUCAGCUGGAGGAUGAGCGUUUCCCAAGCCUACCUGCCCUGGUUCACAGCUACGUGACUGGCCAGCGUCCACUGUCCCAGCUCACAGGGGCUGUGGCCUCCAGGCCGGUGACACGACAAGGACAUAUUCGACGCAGUUUUAGUGAGGACACCCUUCCAGACAGCCCAGCUCGGACAGAGCUGCUCAGGGCUAGGAAGUGGAGUGACAGUCAGCCCGCAGGUUUGGAGCAGGUGGGACGGACAGAAGACCACCCUGGACCAGGAGCCUCCACCAUGCCCACAUCUGCCCUACCCCGGACCGGCAGUGACCCCGUGUUACUAAAGACCCCGGUUCCCGUGGGGUCCAUUCCUGACAGCCUCAGGGCCUCCGAUGGGCAGCUUCACGCCAAGGGACCAACCAAGCCACCUCGAACACCCUCACUGAUGCUGCCUGAUGCCUCUGGACGCCCCCCUACAUACUGUGAGCUGGUGCCCCGAGUGCCCAAGGUCCAGGGAACAGCCCCUGGCCACAGCUGCCCAGAGCCAGAGGUGCCAUGGUGGGAGGCUGAGGAGGAGGAGGAAGAGGAGGAGAACGGAUGUUUCGCAAGACCACAGGCUGAGGUUUCUUUGAGCCCCCUUGGCAAGCCCUCCUGCCUGCUGGGCCCCCAGAAUCGGCCUCUGGAACCCGAGGUCCUGCGUACUCUCCGAGGCCUGUUCCUGGAGCACCAUUCGGAGAGUACCGCCCUCCACUUGCUAUUGGUGGACUGCCAGGCGACAGGCCUCCUGGGAGUGACCAGGGCUCAGCGGCGCGCCAUGGGGGUCGCCUCCGGCCUGGAGCUGCUCACGCUUCCCCACGGGCAUCGUUUGAGGUUGGAACUGCUGGAGAGGCACGAGGCGCUGAUGUUGGCGGGGGCGCUGGCUGUGCUGGGCUGCGCAGGGCCUCUGGAGGAACGCGCGGCUGCCCUAAAGGGCCUGGUGGAACUGGCCCUGGCGCUGCGGCCAGGGGCAGCGGGGGACCUGCCCGGACUGGCCGCGGUCAUGGGCGCCUUGCUCCUGCCCCAGGUGUCGCGACUGGAACGCACGUGGCGCCAGCUCCGAAGGAGCCACACCGAGGCUGCGCUGGCCUUCGAGCAGGAGCUGAAGCCGCUGAUGCGGGCGCUGGAUGAGGGAGCCGGACCGUGCGACCCUGGCGAGGUGACGCUGCCGCACGUGGCACCCGCGGUGCGCGUGCUGGAGGGCGAGGAACUCCCAGGGCCCUUGGAUGAGAGCUGCGAGCGGCUGCUGCGCACCCUGCACGGGGCGCGUCAGAUGGCCCAGGACGCGCCCAGAUUUCGCGAGACAGCGGCCCGGCGCCUGCGAGGGUCAAAGUCCCUAAGGGGCAAGGCACGUGCCUGGGCCCCGCCCCUAGCCUACCUGGCCCCUCCUCCAGGAUUCCGGCCCAACCCGGAUCUGAGAGAGGCCCUGACAACCAGUUUCUUGCGGAGGCUUCUCUGGGGGAGCCGAGGGGCUGAGGCACCGCGAGCCACACGUCUGGAGAAGUUCCAGCGCAUCCUCAGUGUCCUGUCGCAGCGCCUGGAGCCUGACCAUUGAAAGCACAGACCCCCUUCUUCACGCUAGGAUACCCAGGCUUCUGGGGAUCCCCAACAGGGACCAAGGAAGCCACCCCAGAUUCCUCACAAGGCCAGAUGCAGUGGGGACAUACAUCCUGCCUCACAAAAGGGAGGGGACCUGGUUUGCAAGAACCUACCAUGCCCUAAAAAUGCACAUGGAUCCUUGGGGACAGAAGCCUCCUCCCCAACGCUAGAAGACCCCUGACGUCUAGAGAUUCUGGACCCCCUCUCCCAGCCCCUACGCCUGCAUCCCCCCACCACCACCAAAUGGUGAAAUGUGGCUUUUAAUGUUAAAGAGAACUUGAAGAUCUA